GAAAGUUGAGACGUAAACGUUGAACGUUGAAACUUGUUUUUUGAAGGCUGCUUUGUAAAUAGACAGUACCUUUGUAAUUUUUAUAAAAAUUUAUAACACAAAGUGAAGGAAUAGAGUUGUGACAAAAAUAAGUUAUUUUUUGGAGAUACUAACUACUACUACUAUUUAUUUUUAAUGAUUUCAAACUACAAGAUAUGGGUAAAACUAUUAAUAUAUUUCUCUGGGGCAUCUUGGCAGCGUCAGCAACUUGGAGCGUUUCGUUGUACCUCUACUGGUUGCUCAGUGUGAGCGGUUCUAAUAAAAUACAAAAUGCAGAACACAGAAUACAAUAUCAUUUAGUAAACUCAGAAGAAAAAUAUAGAUUGAAAAAUAAUGAUAAGUCUAUAGUUGGUUUAGAAGGAAAGAAUCUUUUGUAUGAUAACUUAAAAGCGAAUUCUAAAUAUUCAAGUAGGCUGUGGAAAAAUAAUAGAGAUCAUUCCGAGUACUUGAGAAAAAUGAUGCUCAAAGAGAAGUUUUCCCAGCAGUUUGGUCAGAAACCCCUUAAAUUGGAUAAAAGUCUGGAAAAUCAAAAUGGGUUAAUACGCAAUGAAGAAGAUGUAAGGAUAAGAGAAAAAGGAUACAUCUUACAUGCGUUUAAUACACUCAUCUCUCAGAGAAUUGGAAAUCAUAGACAGUUACCUGAUACAAGACAUAAACUGUGUAAAUCCAUGCAAUAUCCAGAGAGGCUACCUAAAGCAUCAAUAAUAAUUUGCUUUUACAAUGAGCAUUUUGAGACUCUCAUGAGGUCCAUACAUUCAAUAUUAGAUCGUACAGAACAAAGAUACUUAAAAGAGAUAGUAUUGAUUGAUGACUUUAGUGACAUAGAAAAUUUACAUACCGAUAUCCAAACAGCAGUUGAUAAGUUGAAUAAUAGAAUGAGAAAAGAGGAAGAAAUGAUUGAAACUAACAAUAUAGAUGUUGAAAAUAUUGUUGAUUAUAUUAAUGAUGAUAAUGGUGAGUUAAAAAAGACCACAGACCGUCAAGCAGCAAAAUUGUCUAAAAGUGGCUUAAAUAUUAGGCUAUUGAAAACUAGUAAGAGAGAAGGUUUAAUACGAGCAAGGUUGUAUGGAGCAGAUAAUAGUGUAGGAGAGGUACUUAUAUUCCUGGAUUCCCAUAUUGAGGUGAAUGAGAAUUGGCUACCCCCAUUGUUGUCACAAAUAUCCAUAGGAGUGAAUGGAGUCGAUACACGCUAUUCAUCAAAAGUUGUAGCUCCAAUGAUAGAUGUUAUUAAUGCAGACACAUUUGAUUAUACUGCAAGUCCAUUAGUUCGUGGUGGCUUUAAUUGGGGUCUGCACUAUAAAUGGGACAAUGUACCUAAAAGUAUCCUUAAAGAUGAUGCAGAUUUUGUAAAACCAAUUAAGUCGCCGACUAUAGCCGGUGGCCUCUUCGCUAUAUAUAGGGAAUAUUUCAAUAAAAUUGGUAAAUAUGAUUCUGGAAUGAACCUAUGGGGUGGAGAAAAUCUGGAAAUCUCGUUUAGGAUAUGGAUGUGUGGUGGGAAAUUGGAAUUAAUACCUUGCAGUCGUGUGGGUCACGUGUUCAGGAAACGCAGGCCGUAUGGCCUUGGUAAUAAAGAGGACUUUAUGCUACAUAAUUCUAUGCGAAUGGCGCGUGUGUGGAUGGACGAAUACGUUGAUAAAGUGAUCGAACACAACCCGGCAGCUGCUCACGUCUCCAUAGGUGAUAUUUCUGAACGUCAAAAACUUCGCCAGGACCUGAAAUGCAAGUCCUUCAAGUGGUAUCUUGAGAAUGUUUACCCAGAACUGGAGGGUGGGGAAGAUUCAAUAGCUAAGAAAAGGAUUCAAGCCCUCAAUGAUCCAGACAAGAACAAAUUUCAGCCGUGGCAUUCUAGAAAACGAAAUUACACAGAUUCUUAUCAAAUAAGAUUGAAGAACACGAGCCUUUGUAUACAAAGUGCGAAAGACAUCAAGACUAAAGGUAGUGGGCUCGUACUAGUGAACUGUAUUAGGAGUCUUAAUCAGGUUUGGUUUGAAACGGAUCGAAGUGAACUAGUAUUAGCACGUACACUGUGUCUCGAUGCUGUUAAUAAUGUAUCACCGUUACUUGGAAAGUGUCAUGAGCUGGGAAGUACACAGGAGUGGAAGCAUAAGGGUUCGGCUGGGAGCCCAAUUUAUAACGCAGCAGCUGGAAUGUGUUUGGGAGUCGAUCGCGCCUACCGAAAUGAACCUAUUUUGAUGGUAAUUUGCAACAACGACUCGAAAAAUCAAUGGGAUUUUAUUAGAUCGUAAACUAUGAUACUUUUAGUUAUAGAAGUAGUGAUUAAUUAACAUUUUGCAAUAUUCAUAUUCUGUUGUAUUGUAACUUCUCUACUGUAAUAUACGAAUCUCAUGUGAAUUUCAAAUUAAGUAUUAAGUUUUGAGACUAGAUUUAAUUCAGAUUAUUUAAUUAUUUUUUUAUUACACCUUUUACAGAAAACUAUAUUAACUGUUGUGUUAAUUUUACAACGAAUUAAGAGUUUAGUGAUGCUAAAUAGUCAAACUUAACCGUUUAGCUUAAACUAGCUUUUUUGAAGACUUUUUAAUAAUACAAUUACAUAAAUUGUGGAUUUGUUGAAAAUUAUAAUGCCUUACAAUAGUGUGCGACUCUCAACCCUGCGUAGUGUCGUAGGUUCGAUCCUCGGCCGUGUACCAAUGGACUUUCUGUUUAUGUGCUGUUCCUCGUACGGUAAAGGAAAACAUUGAAACCGGCAUGUCUCAAAUCCAAAUAUCGGUAGACAGAAGACUGAUCACCUACUUGUGUAUGGCGAAUGCUACACGCUCGAUAUUUAUCGUGAUAUUUAUCUUGUAUUUUUUUAGUAUACUACACACUCGAUACGAAUCGCGUCAGUACGACGGUAAAUUUCAUUGUGUACACUCGUACGUUUCGUAUUAUAAUAAUGAGUAACAAUAUUAAGAAAGCUUGCGUUGCUAUUAUAUUAGCGAUAGCAUUGAAAAAACGUAUAAAGCGAAAGAAAUGGGCGAAACAUUGGUUUCAAGAUAGAGAAAAAUAUACACAUCUGAAUUUAUUAAAUCAAAUUCGGGAAUACCAAGAAAUGGACGACUAUCAAUCGGCUUUUCAUUUUUAUUCAAAAAUUUCAGCAUAUGAAAUACCCAAGACUUUGGAUUGUAUACAUUUUCAGCUGCAGCACCCGAUCGCUUCGAAUCUGUUAUUUUUUUUAAUUCUUUUCUAUAGUUCGAUUUUAAUGAAUUGAUCUUGGCAAUCACGUCUUUAGCUGUCGCGCCUGGUUUAAUUUUCUUAAAAAUUUGAAGCAGCUGCUCAUACGCAUUCACCCUUUUCACUUUAUUAGUUAUGUUUGCAUUUGAGCUGUCCCAUAUCUCAGGUAGUGUUUCUAAUACAAGUAUAAAUUCUUUCAAGUGUUUUUGGUCGUUUGUUUGAAGUGCGGCGAUAAUUGAUACGGAUCGCUGGAUUUCUAGAAAUCUAAAAAUCCACGAUCCGUAUCAAUUAUCGUCGAUAAAUAUCGAGCGUCUAGUCUCUGGUCGAUAUUUAUCGCGUCACAAUUAAUUCUGCCAGCGAUGGAAGAGGACGCGCAUAUUGAGUCGGCGCCCGCCGCACUUCAAACAAACGACCAAAAACACUUGAAAGAAUUUAUACUUGUAUUAGAAACACUACCUGAGAUAUGGGACAGCUCAAAUGCAAACAUAAUUGAUAAAGUGAAAAGGGCGAAUGCGUAUGAGCAGCUGCUUCAAAUUUUUAAGAAAAUUAAACCAGGCGCGACAGCUAAAGACGUGAUUGCAAAGAUCAAUUCAUUAAAAUCGAACUAUAGAAAAGAAUUUAAAAAAAUAACAGAUUCGAAGCGAUCGAGUGCUGCAGCGGAAAAUGUGUACAAUCCAAAGUCUUGGGUAUUUCAUAUGCUGAAAUUUUUGAAUAAAAAUGAAAAGCCGAUUGAUAGUCGUCCCUUUCUUGGUAUUCCCGAAUUUGAUUUAAUAAAUUCAGAUGUGUAUAUUUUUCUCUAUCUUGAAACCAAUGUUUCGCCCAUUUCUUUCGCUUUAUACGUUUUUUCAAUGCUAUCGCUAAUAUAAUAGCAACGCAAGCUUUCUUAAUAUUGUUACUCAUUAUUAUAAUACGAAACGUACGAGUGUACUCAAUGAAAUUUACCGUCGUACUGACGCGAUUCGUAUCGAGUGUGUAGUAUACUAAAAAAAAUACCAGAUAAAUAUCACGAUAAAUAUCGAGCGUGUAGCAUUCGCCUAUGAAAUAAUGAUCAAAGAAACGAAUGAAAUCUGAGUCCAUAUAUGGAUGUAGUGCUAAAGCUACGGUUUCCUAGAAAAGCGGUGCCGUUAACUAACGGCCAUCAUUUUACGGUUGUUAUUAACGGUCGUCUUUACGGUAGCCAAGCUGUGGUUCCUAGUAGUGCGACCGUAUUUUUGAAGUGUUAUGCCAAUUUCGUUCUACAAAUUUUGCUUCAUCUGAGCUUGUCUGUACUCUUUGGAUUUGAUAUUGUACAAAGCUUCAUGAUUUUUAACAAAAU